UGUGUCAUGGGAUGGUGCUUGGGUGUAGAAGUUGAUGUGAAUUUAAAAUUAAUUUAAAUCGUGUAUCUUAUCAAACAUUUUUCGAAUAAAAAUAAGUGCUAUAGCAACUAUUGUGUGAUUAUUAUUGGUCUUCUAAUAAAAUAAGUCACAGCGCUAAUCAGAUAAGCAUGAUGCACCAGAACUGACGUUUGCCCAACGAUGCCGCCGCGAGAAUGAAGCACUACUCGAGCGGGCCGGCCACAGUCAAUGACUACUUUAUGAUGUACCUGGCGAAAUGGAAGCGCGCCGCUGUCGUCCUGCUGUUCAUCUGGAUCGUUGUCACUUACCUCGUUAUAUCUCCACUCAGAUGCAGUGGAAGCCAGGACGAAGUCAUAGAAUUUCAAGAGAGGUUAAAAAGGGUAUCGUCUCAAUUGGAGACUUUGAGGGCGCAGCACAGUAAUCUUAUAUCACAGAUUAAAAAGUCUUCGAGCGACACGUCUGGAUGGCAAUACAAAAGCUCUUCUUCUGCCGCAAGCCUCCAUGGUAACCUGAAAGACAUAGACACAGGGUCCCUGUUCUUCGACGGGGGACAGGGACCUUCGGAAGACUACGAGAAUCUCAGGAGAAGAAUAUUCUCCAAUACCAAGGAGCUAUGGUAUUAUGUACAACAUGAACUGACCAAGGUGAUACAAGAGGACAGCAAAGCUGAGAAGAUACAGACGAUUUUGGACCAAAUUAGCGAGAGGAAAAGAUCUCUGCUCUCAGACCAGCAAACCCUCCAAGAGAUAGAUGGCUACCACGAGUGGAGACAGCAAGAGGCGGCCAACGUCAGCGAUCUGGUGCAGAGGCGGUUACAUUAUCUACAGAACCCGCCUGAUUGUAAAGACGCUAGAAAACUCAUUUGUAAUUUGAAUAAGGGUUGCGGCUUCGGCUGCCAGCUCCACCACAUAGUGUACUGCCUGAUAUUCGCGUACGCCACGGAACGGACGCUCAUACUCAACUCUAAGGGAUGGCGGUACAACAACAAGGGAUGGGACUAUGUGUUCAUGCCGAUAUCCGAUACUUGUACCAGCGCCUACGAUGAUAAAGUCGUGCAGUGGCCAGUAACGUACGACGCCAAGGUCUUGUCUCUGACGUUCAUAGACUCGAUAUCGCAGAGGCCUAAGUUUUUACCGCUGGCCAUACCAAAAGACUUAGCUCAUAGAAUAACGCGGUUUAACGGCGAUCCUUCGUCAUGGUGGAUCGGUCAGAUGCUCAAGUACGUGCUGAAGCCGCGGCAAGCGAUGCAGAAAGCCAUCAACGAUACCAUAGCCAAAAUGAACUUCAAAACGCCUAUCGUUGGUGUGCACAUACGAAGGACAGAUAAAGUGGGCACGGAAGCUGCGUUCCACCACAUUCACGAGUACAUGGCUCACGUGAAGAAUUACUACGAUCAACUAGAACUCACCAGGCCUGUGGAUGUCCGAAGAGUUUAUUUAGCUACUGAUGAUGCUAAUGUGCUAGAAGAUGCUCGCAGCAAAUACCCCGAGUACACAUUCCUGGGCGACCCGUCCAUAGCGAAGACAGCCGCCACCCACCGCCGCUACACACCGCUGUCGCUGACGGGGCUGCUGGUGGACCUGCACAUGCUGGCCAUGUGCGACUACCUCGUCUGCACCUUCAGUAGCCAGGUGGGCCGGGUAGCGUACGAGAUGAUGCAGACGAACCGCGUGGACGCGUCGGACAGCUUCUUCUCGCUGGACGACAUCUACUACUUCGGCGGACAGAACUCGCACGACCGCAUCGCCGUCAUGCCCAACGACGGACAGUACCAGGAUGUGCCAUUCCAGGUGGGCGAUUUGAUCGGCAUCGCGGGCAACCAUUGGAACGGUUACGGACGGGGGACGAACAAGAGAACAAACAUUAACGGUCUGAUCCCGUGGUACAAGACAGCAGACCACCUGGUGCUGUACCCGUUCCCGGAGUACAAGCAAGUGCCGCUGUAUGCAGACACACGGCAGAAGGACUUAUAAGCUCAGUAGUUUUAUUGUCCAGCUUGUUUUCGUUGUCAAGCUGUCGUCGACUUUAUUGUAGUGGAAAUAGGACCUAAAAUCUAACGACUCAAAUAUUGGGUACGAAAUUAUGAAGAUUGAACUCAUCCCACCAUCCACUCAUCCAACGUUUCAAAAUCGAUCAGUGAUGAAUACUUUGGGUGCGAAAAAAACGUGUUUUUAAACACUUAUUAUAAACAGGUAUUAAUUUUCACCGCUUAUGCGAUCUGUGAAUAUCCAUAAGAAUGAAAUUAUAGAAUCAUAUUAAAAAUGAAAUUAUAUUUGAAAAUCGGGGCCGAUUCUCGAGUUUUAGAUUUGAUUCCGACUCUCGAUUCUCGAAGAUGAAAGAACAUCAAUUCGUAUUCAUUCAAUUGAAUUUGAGAUUCUAUUUCUAUAAGCAAUAAGGUCGAUAAUUUUUGACAGUGAAAAAUAUGUUGUGUCGGCCCUUUUCCCAACAAUGUCGGGGUCGGCUUCGAGUGUAUCGAGUGCAGCUGCGGACGAGUGUGCCACAUGGAGUGACUAAAGUUGAUGUGACUCUCACGUGUGGAUAGUUUGAUUGUUUUUAUUAAAUCAUGGCGUUUGUUCUAAUUUGUUGUACUGUGAGGUACAGUUGGCGAAAGUUUUAGGUGUACAUUGUAGAUUUGAAAUAUACAUUGAUCAGACGACGUCAUAAUAUUUGUGAGGGUUUGUAAUAAAAUUUGAAGUAUUGCACAAACAUAGUUAAUUCAGCCACGUGAAGAUGUUCAAAGAGAACUAAAUAUGUUGUAAGUUGAAAAAAAAAAAAACUUUAAAGAAUCACGAAUGAAUAUUUCAUAAAAAAAUCUAUAUGAGUAUGGUUAAUAGAUUGUUCUAUUCAAUGUACCCUGUACACCUAUACCUUUCGUUCAUAGUAAUAAUAUUUAUGUCGUGUACGAUCGUUGAAGUUUUCGUAAACGUCUUUUACGGGCUUGUUAAUUGUUAAUGACUGUCAAUAAUUACUAUGUUGUGAGUGUGAAAUACUUCUCAAUGGAUUGACGUUGAUUUUCAUAUAAUAUGAUGUUUCUGUCAUAAUAUUAUAUAAGAUAGGGUUCACGUUUGCUAAAACAUCUACUAAUGUGUGAACUUCUUGCGUUUGAGAAAGUGGCGUGUAUUAUGCUUUUUAGCCGAAUGCGCGACGCAAGCGAGGGUAAUGUGUUUUUUAUUUGUAACAGAUGAAGCAUUUAAAAUAAACAAUUAAAAGAAGCAAGUAAAUAAUAUAAAUCUGCUUAAAAUGAUACAAAAUUAACGAGCUUUCAAAAUUAAGCAUGAGUUUAAAAAAGCUCAAUGUUGUGUGAAAUUUAAAAAAAUAUUAUUUAAUCUUUUGACUUCCUUUUGAUACAACCCAAUUUUAUCUACUUUUAUCACAAGAUGACUUUCAUUUAUCGACACUUGUGUGAAGUUAUUAUACCUUCCAUGGUACAAAUCGCGCAAAAAGCGCAAAUUUCCACUUUGCGCAAAAGUUUGCGCUAUCAAUUUUUAACAAAAAAAAACCUCUUUUAUGCCUUUAUGAAAUGUUAAUUCAUUUUGCAUUUACUUUUCUACAAACCAAUAUUGUUUAUGAUUUUGAAUGAUGAUUUAUCUAACUGUUUAAUAAUUAACCUUAUUAUAUCUUUCAGUUAAAACAUUCCAUUCUUGUUCCUUAUAACUUGUAUAAACUAACCAUAUUUCAAAUGUUUAUCCAGCUCUGGUUAGUUAUGAAAUAAUUUGAUAUGAGGGUGCUAAAAUUAAAUGUCACAAAAAAUAUUUUGUUGUUUCCUCAAAAUGAUGUUCUAAAAAAUCAAUUAAUUCACCCAAUAACAAAAACGCUACACGUAAAUUAAAUCCAGGGCCAUAUUCAGAAUUAUUAUUCGAACUUAUUAGGUUUGUUUAUCAAUGGUUUCACUACGAAAAUGGCACUGAAUUCACGCGUGUAUCACGGCCUAGUAUUGAUAAAAUGUCUCUGUGUUAUUCUGUGUUGAAUUGUGUUCGUUUAUACAUGUGUUUUUUCUUUGACGCUGCCGUGUUGUUUUCUUUUGGCUUUAGAUAAAAUGUCAAAACUUAGAUAACUGAAGUACUAAUUUUAUUUUAAAUAAGCAACCAUUUUUUUCAACACUUUAGGACUUCAAUUUAUAUUUUAUAAAUCGUAAUUUACAAAAAGAUGGAGAUCUGUCUACUAACCUAACCAAUACAGCUAUACUCUAUCCACGGAAGCAAGAGCUAAAAGGUAAACAAAGAAUGACAGUUUUUCAAGAUGGCGGUAUAACCCGACCGGUGACAAAACGUCACAUUUUUGUGUAAAAUGUUCGCAGUAUCUGUGAUUUUGUCAUCGGUCGGGUUGUACCGCCAUCUUGAAAAAGUGUCAUUCUUUGUUUACCUUUUAGCUCUUGCUUCCGUGGAUAGAGUAUAGACAAUACAGCAGCGCCAAAUAAAAACUCUUGUGACGUCAAUAUACUCGUAUGUUAAUCGCAGUGAUAAAUAUAUUUGUGAGUCUCAGUGAUUAUCUUAUUGUUUUAUACAAAUGAAAUGUAAAAUAUAGGUACAAAAGUAAUUACUUAAAAUUGGCAACAGAUUGUAAGAUCUGAAACAAAACUCGGCCCAUGAUGAAACCCCAUGACCUGAGUUCUCUAGGCAAUUAUCGAAUAAAAACUAUUUUAACGAAACUUUUUGUUUUCUUUUUUUUAUUUAUAGUUUGGUAAUAUUUUUUAAAACAAUGAAUUUAGAAAUUCUUUUUCGUUUCAACAUUUGCUCAUGUAAGUUAUUUUUUUGUUGUUUAUUUUUAUUUAUGGAUCUAUGUUUAAUAGUUAUAUCUACAUAAAUAGUAGCUAUUAUGUCUGAGAAGCAUUUGUAUGUGUUACGUAAUAUCCCAAGUGUAAACAAAAUGUGUAAUCCGAGUGCUAUGAUACGUACAUGCCUUAUAUCUGUUAAUAAUCGGUCAUAUAUUGUAAACGUGUUACAAAUAUAUUAAAAGUAUAUAAUAAAAUGAUGAAAAAAGUAAUUAGAAAUGUCAAGCAAACUCUGGAAUUUUUAAUAGUUCUUUUUUAGAUUUUUUUGGUGUUAAAUAGAAUUUACAAUAUUCAAAACGUAGAGUACACGAACACAGAAAAUAAUUCUUCCAAUUUAUAAUAUUUCCAUUUUAAGAAUGAUAGCAGAUACUUUUAUAAAGCACUUCUACAUAUUUUCAUGUUAUUCCAUAAUAUUUAUUUUUCCAUAGUAAGUAAUAAUAGAUUGUACUAGAACGGUGAUAACUCGUGUAUUUUUUAACUUUGUAUGUCGGAGCUUCAGUAAGAUGUAUGAUAAAGUAACAUGGACCUAAAGUGUGUGUAUAUAGCUUUAUAAUAUAGUGUAUAUAGAAAGGAAAAAUAAUAUAAAUAAAUGGUAACAUGUGAAGGUAAA